UUCGCAAAAAGCUAAUUUUGGCCUCUGGGUACUUCCGGCGCGCGUAACAGAGCACGUCGUCCAGCGAGGGACCGACCACCGAGGGCACGCUCUCCGCCGAACAUGGCCUUGGAGAACCUCCCUUCUCCCCUUCUUCUGGAGAUAUUGAAUCGACUCAGCGAUUCCGCCGACCUCGCCAGGUGCCGACUCGUCUCCAGGACCCUCCGGUCCCUCUCCUACCAGGUCUCCUCCGUUAACGUCCUCUGCUCUCGCGACCGAUACCUUCGAUCCCGCGCUACCGAGACCCGGCACCUCACCCUCCCCUUCAAAUCCGUCGUCACCAACCUCGUCUCCCUCCACUCAGCCGCCCUUGACUCCCUCUCUAUCGGCGUCGAGCGGCCCUCCGCCGCCGGCGCCGCCUGGGAGGAGGACGACUUCGACGACUCCGACGAUCUCCACCUCACCGCCGUAGGUUUCCUGUCCCAGUGGCUGCCUCUCGUGGGCGGAAGGCUGAGGUCGCUCUCGAUCUCGGAUUUCUGGAUCCAGUCCUGCUGGCGCCGAUCCGAGGCGCUGUGUCUCAUCUCCGAUCUCUGUUGCAACCUUCUUAAUUUGGAAGUGAGAAAUGCUUGGCUAUCAGUUGAGGGGCUCAAGCCAAUGCAGAAACUAACCACUCUGACACUGGAAUUUAUAAGACUAGAUGAUGAGGACCUUGAGAAAGUGAACGAGUGCUUUCCUUCCCUUGAAGUUCUUCAUUUGAUUGGUGUUGGUGGUCUUAAGGAGCCGAAGAUUCAUCUCUCAAAGUUAAGAAUCUGUUGUUGGACAGUUUCGAACUUCCCACACUCUUUAACCAUACAUGCACCUAACUUGGUUGAGCUUCAGUUGAAAUGUGUUGAACCAAAGGUUCUUCAUCUGUGCACGCCAUUGUUGACUAAUCUCAGUCUUAUAGUAAAAAGGCCCAGUGGUCUCGUCAAAGUGGAAAAGUUUCUUAACCUUAAGUCACUCAGUAUAGAAUCUUUGGAUCUAUGCAGCCUGGGAGAAGUGCUUUUGAGCAGCAAAACUGUUAAGAAGCUCGAGCUCGAGGCACCCAGAUGCACCAAAGCUGAUGAGUCAUCAAAUACCAAAACUGAUGAGUCAUCAAAUACUAUCAGCUUUAUUGAUCUGGUGAAUGCCUUCCCAAAUAUGGAUGAACUCCAUUUGGGCCCCGGGGCUUGGUAUGAACUCCAAAAAACUUGUGGCCUUGAGGACCUCAGCAUUUCAUGUGAAUUAGGGAGCUUGAAGAAACUGACACUGCGCCUGCCGCUCCUGGAAUUUGAUACUACUCUUCUGUUCUUCAUCCUGAAUCAUUGUAGCCCUUGCUGUGAAGUGGUAAUUCUUAUUCAUGCAGAUGCUGAAUCCGCCACCAGAAAAUGUAUUAUUUUUAACUGUACCAGCAAUUUCCCAAAGAUCAGAUGGAAAUGGGGUAUGUGGAAAGAAUCCUUCAAAGAUACAUACUUGGAUUUGUGAUUGCAACAUGUCGUAUUUAUCUUCUAUAAUAGAUAAUGAGGGCAUUUUUUCAGUGUUAGAAGCCUAUCAAUGCAUGUAAUAACUGUCCAUAAAUAUGUUCCUUAAUCUUGAAUAUGCGUUUAUGUAGAA